AUGUACACGACGUCGUUUGCCUUUUUCGAGGCGUUGUGGGAUGCCGGCGUCACGCAUUGCUUCGUCAACCUAGGCUCCGACCACCCAAGCAUCAUUGAGGCCAUGGUGAAGGGAGCGCGCGAGAAGAAGGACCGGUUUCCACGCAUCAUCACAUGCCCAAACGAGAUGGUUGCCAUGUCAAUGGCCGACGGCUACGCGCGCUUGACCAACAAGCCGCAAUGCGUGAUUGUGCACGUGGACGUCGGGACUCAGGGGCUGGGCGCCGCAGUCCACAACGCGAGCAGCGGGCGGGCACCGAUUUUGGUGUUCGCAGGGCUGUCCCCGAUCACCCAGGAAGGUGAACUGCGGGGAUCGCGUACCGAAUACAUUCACUGGAUCCAGGAUGUUCCUGACCAGAAGCAGAUCGUAUCUCAGUACUGCCGCUACGCAGCCGAGAUCAAAACGGGGGUGAACGUCAAGCAGAUGGUCAACCGGGCGCUACAGUUCGCAAGCUCGGCGCCACAGGGCCCUGUCUACCUGUGCGGCGCACGAGAAGUCAUGGAGAUGGAUAUCGAGCCGUACGAACUGCGGCAGAACGAAUGGAGCCCCGUGGAGCUCGGUGGGCUGCCGAGGACAGCUGUCAAAAACAUUGCGGAAGCCUUGGUAGGCGCUCGGGAGCCGCUCUUGAUUACCGGCUACGCGGGGCGACACCAUGCACUAGUGCCAGCCCUCGUCGAGCUAGCAGACACUGUGCCGGGACUGCGUGUUCUAGAUGCCGGAGGGAGCGACAUGUGCUUCCCAGCCGACCAUCCUGCGUGGCUAGGGCUUCGGUUCGGGAACGAGGCAUCAAUUCGGACCGCCGAUGCUAUCAUCGUGCUGGACUGCGAUGUGCCAUGGAUCCCAGCCCAGUGCAAGCCAAGGGAAGACGCCAAAAUAUUCCACAUUGACGUUGACCCUCUCAAGCAGAUGAUGCCGCUGUUUUACGUGCCGGCUCAGGCCCGAUUCCGCGCGGAUGGGUUGACGGCUGUCGAGCAGGUGACGGCACUCCUCAAAUCCGAUGACCAGUUCCAGGCUAAGCUGGCUGGCGGAGAGGGCGAGAAGAGACGUACGGCUCUACAAGUGUCAUACAAGAAGCGGCUUGAGGCGAUCGAGGCAAAAUGCCAGCCUCUGCCAGACGGUGGGUUUGGCACAGGGCAUCUCUGCGCGAGGCUAAGAGAACUGUGUCCGCAAGACACGAUCUGGGCGAUAGAGGCAGUCACAAACACCGUCUUCGUCCAUGACAGCCUCCGGCCAACGCUUCCCGGACAUUGGAUCAACUGCGGCGGGGGCGGGCUCGGCUGGUCGGGCGGCGGCUCAUUGGGCAUCAAGCUGGCGACCGAGGUUGAAGCCAAGCUCAAGGGAGAGAAGGGAAAAUUUGUGGUCCAAAUCGUAGGGGACGGGACAUUUCUCUUUUCUGUGCCGGGCAGCGUGUAUUGGAUCUCGAGGCGAUACAACAUCCCCGUGUUGACCAUCAUCCUGAACAACAAGGGUUGGAACGCGCCCCGGAGGUCGUUGGAGCUUGUUCACCCGACCGGGCUUGGAUCCAAGGCCACCAAUGAAGAGAUCAACAUCUCCUUCAACCCGGUUCCCGACUAUGCGGGCAUUGCAAAGGCAGCAGCGGGAGGGGAUCUCUUUGCGGAAAAGGUUGAGAAGGCAGCGGAUCUGGACGACGUUCUCGGAAGGGCCAUCGAGGCCGUCCAAGGGGGUCAAACGGCCGUUGUGGAUUGCAAGGUUGCGCUGGGCUGCUAG